AUGGCGCGUGCGUCAAGCUCGUCAGACCAGAUUGCUCAAGACAUCAUCUUGGAGAGCCCCGCCGAUGUCACUCUCGCUCUCACGCGACAUCACGAAUUCUGGUUCUCGGACGGCUCAGUCGUUCUUCGCGCUGAGAACACGCUCUUUCGCGUGCACAUAUCGCAGCUGUCUCGCAAGUCCACGUUCUUCCGCGACCUCUUCUCUCUGUCCCAGCCCCCAGCACAGGCCGACUCGCCCGUUCCUGCUGCCAGCUUACCAAAUGCGGAAAUGUUCGAGGGUUGCCCGCUCCUGGUGAUGCAUGAUUCAGCGGAAGAUCUCGCUCACCUUCUGAAGGCACUGUAUGACGGUCCUUGGUUUGGAAAUAAUGAUCGGCAGGAUUUCCGCAUGGUCUCGGGAAUUCUUCGGCUGGCCGACAAAUAUGUCCUUGAAUCGCUCCGCAAAACGGCCAUUGCACAUCUGCGUGUGGCUUGGCCAUUGAGCCUCGCGGAUUGGGACGCUCGAGAAGAUCUAGCUCGGAUCUAUGAGCUCGAGACUGGAAUGCACCGUGGAUUCCGCUUCCCGUCCCCGGUUGAUGUGAUAAACCUAGCAAGAGAGGUCUACGUACCUGAGCUGCUACCUUCCGCUUUCUACGACCUCUCCCGAUAUCACUACCUGCAAAUAUUCGAGCCCGGCGAGGACGAGCCCCUCGGCCCGGCGUCGCGCACACCCACACUGUGCGCAGACGACAUCCAGCAACUGACCCUCGGCAAGGAGGCAUCCCAGCAUGCGGUAUCUGGCCUCAUCCAGGGGAUGAUGCACGCCUCGCAGCCGCGUGAGCACCGAAACAGCAUGCUUGCAUGCGCAGCGUCGCACUACCGGCGCGCAUCCUCCGAGCGCGUGUGCGCGACACCGGCGGCGUGCCGGAAGGACUUUGAGGAGCUCGUUGCGCUCGCGACGCAGCACUACCUGUUCGACCGCGAGCGCGGAUGCGCGGACCCGCUGUACGUCGCGGAGGAGCUCGGGCAGCUGAAGAGCGCAGAGUUCUCAGAAUGCCACGCGUGCGCGCGCGCACUGGAGAUGUGGGCGGCACGCGAGCGCGAGCGGAUAUGGAAGCAGGUGCCGUCGUGGUUCCGUUUGGGUGGCUGAUGCAUAGGAGAAUGCGAGUCAUCCCGUGGCGCGCCAGCGUAAAGGCGUGGAGAGUUCUGUGAGUCCUAUCCCUUCGCUGGGCGAGACGGCCUAUCUAUGCAACCAUCCCCCGAUCCGUCCCCCAAUGAACAUGAAUGUAUUAAUUAAUGUAAAUGUCGAGUAUUCUUAUCCACUGUCAGGGUCUGUGUUCAUAAUUAUAGAAGUAAGAUGAUGUCAUUCCGUGCA